CGAACAUGUGAUCCAAUGCCACGAAUAUUUGCUUUUGCUGGCUUUUAAAUGUUGAGUCGGAUUCAAAAGUGAGGUGAUCUUCCUUUUCCUGAAUUUGUAUCCAAAAUGAUCUCCCUGAAUUUGUCAGAACGCACAGAUGUGUGUGGGAACCGGACUGUCUCUAUUUUCUCCUCCAAACUCGCACCUGGUGCUGAUAUAGGUGUGGGAUUUACAAUCCUGUCAAUCGUGCUUCUGUCCGUCCUCGGCAACGGCCUGGUGCUGGUCAUCUCCUACCGACGGAGGAAGAAGAUGGUUGGUUCAGAGCUCCUCUGCGUCAACCUGGCCGUGGUGGAUUUCCUAUGUUGCAUCUGUUUCUACCCGCUGUCCAUUCUGUCAUCGUUUAAUCAUGCCUGGCUGGGGCACCACGUCACGUGCGUCUACUACGGACUGGGCUGCUACAUAUUCGGCCUGUGCGGCAUGUUCACCAUCGCCGCCAUCAGCGUGAUCCGUUAUCUGAAAACAUUCUAUAACCUGGUCUAUGCAGUCUGGCUGGAUGGUGCCAACAUCCGGCUGGUGUGCUGUGCCUCGUGGCUAAUCGCCGCCGUCUGGUCCUCCUUCCCCUUGUUCGGCUGGGGCGAGUACGUCCCCGAGCCCUACGGCCUGUCCUGUACCAUCGCCUGGCACAGCUACCACACCUCCUUUAAAGACGCCUUCUACGUCAUCUGUUCCUUCUCUUGUUUCAUGCUGGUGCCCGUCCUGCUCAUCGUGAUGUCCCAGAUCCAGAUCCUCUAUAAAGUCUAUCAUUUCACCUACGCCUUGUCAGCCCGGGGGAUCCGGACCAACCUGCGCCAUGCCGAAAAACGUCUCUCCAUGAUGUUCUUCUGCAUCAGCCUUGGCUUUGUGACGGCCUGGGCUCCCUACGCCGUUGUCUCCUUCCUCUUCAUCUUCCACAAGGACAACAGGUACAUGGCGCCUGGGGGCUUCGUGUUCCCCGCACUGUUCGCCAAGAGCUCCCACAUCUACAACCCCUUCAUCUACUUCUACUUCAACAAGGCCUUCCGUCAGGAGCUGCACUUCCUGUUGCGCUCCUUCUGUCCCCGGUUAGCCAGGAACCGUGUGGGGGUCCGCUCUGCCAUAGGCCAGGAGGGACUCCCCGGGGGGCCACAUCCCAUCCAGAUCCAGCUCCAGGAGCUGGGGAUGUCUGGAGGGGGAGUCCUAGGGGAGGAAUAGCAGCAAGGACACGGGGAGCACACUUUGGGGCGAUCUCCUGCUGAGUGUCCAAGAUCAGAGUGACCCCCUCGGCUGUGGACCAUAGACCUGUCCAGUGCUUGACUUGGGCAGGAGCUCACCGGAGCUGAGCACCGGCACAUCAAAUGUUCUACUGCUUGAGCUCCUGUUCCUCUUAUAGAAUAUGAACUCAAAAGUAUUGUGGAGUUCUUGAACCUAAAUAUGAACAGUAUUGGCACCCAAAAUGAGAACCUGCACCUAAGUCAAGUCAAGCACUGGCACCUGUCUAAUAGUUCCUUCCCAUCCCCACCUGAACACUGAUUGGAUGAUGAGAAAGAGAGGGGAGUGGACUCUGCAAUAGGUUUGCUAUAAGUUGAAAAGUGAAUCGGGGUUGGUGCUCCUGAGACUGAGGCUGAAUCACAAAUCAGACCCUUCCCCUCAUCCCUCAGCCCUCCAUUUGCGCGUUCACACGUGCCUCCACAAUAUGCACAAGUGUCUGACAGCUAAGGGAGUGAAAAGGAUUGAAGGUGUAAGGGCUUAUUAGCCACUUUAACUGAGCCAGCAAGUUACAUGUUGCGUUUAUAUGUUUGUUCACUAUAUAUGCCAUGUGCAUUUUGUUUGUGUCUGAUUUCGAGAUUUGACACAUGUAACAAAUUAAAUAUCUCCCAAAUUAAAUGUUAGACUGUUACUGUAAAAUGACAAGGGGAAUUUGUUGAUUUGAAUUUCAUGCUUGUUUUGUUAUUUAAAUGAGGAACAUGAAUUCCAUAAUUUAAGUAAUGAGUGUGUCCUGAAGUUGAUGGGUUUAUUUGAUCCCCUUGCCACUUAAAGUCACCCUCAAAGUUUUGUCAGCAGCACAUUACAUUGGAGGGCCCUCCCAGUGAGUUGGUAGGGGGGAAGGGGCUGGUUUGGGAUUCCCUGUGAGACUUCUGAGAGCAGUACAGGAAGUACACGGGAAGUACGUUGAUCCUUCCGCAGAAGCAGUGACAGGGUGCUACCAUAGGAGGGCCAGUGAGACCAGAGACAAAGAGCUGAGGCCACAGAACCAGGAAGAGGCCAGCAAAGACUCCCAGCCAAUAGGAAGAGCUCAGCAUAAUGUUAUGGUAACACACAGACAGCACUGGACUAGAGUACAAGAUGAGAACAAGGAGGAAAAACAUUUUUGUCUUGUAAAAACUCAAAUUCGCCAAAUCUUAAUAGCAUUUCAGGCCUAAGUGGAUUUAUAAGAAUACCUAAAUUGUAAUGAAAACAACAUGAAAUCAAUGGUUUAUGUAUUAAUCUUGCCCACCAGCUGGCUCGCUUUCUCUGUCUAUAUGGGGUAGCAAAUGAGUUUGAGGACGAGGUCAUGUACUGUUUGUAUUGUCAGUCGUGUAGGGUAAACACAAAUAAUUGCAGUUUACACACUUUUGGGGGGGUGGACAGUUUACCCACCUUUUGAGGAAAAUGCUUUGAAAGUAUUGGGAGCUUAACCUUUU